AUGGCAGAAACGAAGCUUAAGCCAGCGAUUCUGAUUAUAUCAGAUACCGCAUCUCAGAACCCGGCAUCUGAUAAAACAGUGAAUGUCCUCUCAACAUCAUUUGCUGUAGCAGGGCCGGGUACCUGGGAAUCGCCCGUCACCAAGAUUGUACCGGACAGUGUGCUUGAUAUUCAACGGGCCAUUUGCGAUUGGACAGAUGGACCGGACUGGUUUAACUUAAUUCUUCUCAGCGGUGGAACGGGAUUCGCGGUUAAGGAUAAUACGCCUGAGGCCGUAUCACCGCUCGUCCAUCGCCAUGCGCCGGGUCUUGUACACGGCAUGAUUGCGGCCUCUUUGCAGGUUACGCCUUUUGCCAUGAUGUCUCGACCAGUCGCAGGUGUUCGUGACAAGUCUUUGAUUAUCACAUUACCGGGAUCACCCAAGGGGGCCAAGGAAAAUCUCGAAGCAGUCAUCAAACUUCUGCCGCAUGCAUGUAUCCAAGCAGCCGGGGCAAACUCCAGAGCAAUCCAUGCGGGUGGCGUUAAGAAGCUCGAAGCCGAUAUAGGCGUAUCUUCUGGAGGACAGGGUCAUCCUAAUUCUCACAACCAUCAUCAUCACCAUCACCAUGGUCACGGCCACGCAAUUCCAAAACCGCAUACAUCGCCAUCAGAACGACCACAAUCCAAUGAUCCAAAUGGUGCACCAAGCCGGCGGCACCGUUCAUCACCGUACCCGAUGCUCUCCGUGGAUGAAGCACUCAAGUUGAUCAGUGAACACACCCCUGGACCCGAAGUGAUUGAAGUCCCUGUGACGACUGCGCUUGUAGGUUCUGUGGUAGCUGAAGAUGUCUACUCCGGAGAGGCCGUUCCAGCAUAUCGAGCAAGCAUUGUCGAUGGCUAUGCAGUCAUUGCCCCGGAGUCGCCUACAUCCGGCCCAAGCACCAAAGGAGUCUUCCCCGUGGCUUCUGUCAUGUAUGCCAACGCCGGUGGAGCCCUAUCGCCUCUCGGACCCGGGACCAUUGCUAGAAUCACAACCGGAGCACCUCUCCCACCCAACGCCAAUGCGGUAGUCAUGGUCGAGGAUACAGUACUCGCAUCAACAACCCCAGAUGGAAACGAAGAAGCAACCGUCGAAAUCCUAACCGGAGAGAUCAAACCAAAAGAGAAUGUCCGCGAACCAGGCAGCGAUGUCGCACUGGAGUCUCGAGUCCUCUCAAAGGGCGACCAAAUCACAUCUGUCGGUGGCGAACUCGGCCUCCUAACCGCAACAGGAACCAAAACCAUCAAGGUGUUCAAGAAACCCUGCAUCGGCGUCUUGAGCACCGGAGAUGAACUCGUUGAACACAACGCCCUUGUUACACUCCAAGGUGGCCAAAUUCGUGAUUCCAACCGUCCCUCCCUUCUAUCCUGUCUGGCAUCAUGGGGCUUCCCAACAGUCGAUUUGGGGAUCGUCCGCGACACAGCGGGCGAACUCGAGCAAACCCUCCGUGAUGCACUAAGAGGAGUCGGACAAACCGACUCAUCCAAUAUCGACGUAGUCGUCACCACCGGUGGCGUAUCAAUGGGAGAAUUGGACCUCCUCAAACCCACCAUCGAGCGCUCCCUAGGCGGAACUAUCCAUUUCGGACGUGUUUCCAUGAAACCAGGCAAACCGACCACUUUCGCUACCAUACCUUUUAAACCUUCGACAACAACAUUAUCACAAUCAGAACGCCAAUCGAAACUAAUCUUUUCCCUCCCCGGCAACCCCGCCUCAGCACUCGUCACGCUAAAUCUCUUCGUCCUCCCAUCUCUGCACAAACUAAUGGGAUUGGGUGAAAGAUCUGCAACUCCUUCUCUGCCUGGUGCGCUAGGUCUGCCGUUUAUAUCAGUUACCCUGGCGCACCCAUUCCCGCUUGACUCCAAACGCACCGAUUAUCAUCGUGCCAUUGUUUCGGCUUCGCGGACGGAUGGGCGAUUAUACGCUUCGAGUACGGGGUUGGAAGGUGUUGGUCAGCGGAGUUCGAGGGUUGGGAGUAUGGCUAGUGCUAAUGCGCUUGUGGUGCUGCAGCCGGGAAGUGGGAAUGCUGAGAAGGGGAGUUUGGUGCAGGCAUUGAUGUUAGGAAAUGUUAUUGCGGGGGAGUGA